GAAAUCCACCCGCAAUAUAAAUCCUUAAAUUUGAUAAAGGAACUCUCGCACGUAUAUAUAAAGUGUUGACGACGAUCGAGACGUUCAUCAUUUUCAGUUUAACCGUUCAGUUUGCACAAGUUAAUUAAUCGAUAAUUAAUCAAAGAUGAUCGGACUCUUCGUUUUCGCACUCGCCUGCAUGCAAGCUUCCGCUUUCGACCCGGAAAAGCUAAAGUUCUUCCUGUACACCGUCCAAAAUGCUGAUUCUCCGGUCGAACUACAGAUGGGAGCCACUUACGGAUUGGAUCUCAUCAAUCCCGCUAAAGACGUGAAGAUCCUGUGCCACGGUUACGUCGAUACCGCCAACUCGUUCUGGAUCGCGCCCACAAAGACCGCUUACAUGUCAAAAGAUGACAUGACCGUGAUCGCAGUGGAUUGGAGCAAGUACGCUUCCGGCACUUACAGCAAAGCGUACAAGAGCGCUAAACCCGUCGGCGAAAGCAUCGCCGAUCUUGUGAUGAAGUUGUCCCAGGAUUUGGGAAUUCCGUUGAGCAAAUUCCAUCUGAUCGGUCAUUCAUUAGGAGCGCAUAUUUCCGGCUUUGCCGGAAAGAAAGUGUUGGCGGUGACCGGACAGAAGAUCGGUCGUAUCUCCGGUCUGGAUCCUGCUGGUCCUUCGUUCAACGGGAAAGGACCCGCGGAGAGGUUGUCCACCGAUGACGCCGAUUUCGUCGACGCGAUCCACACCGAUUCCGUUCUGGCUGGAUACAAGAAGUCCAUCGGACACGUCGAUUUCUGGCCGAACGGUGGAAGCUCCCAGAACGGUUGCAGCCUUCUCUCCGAUUGUUCCCAUUGCAGAUCGACCAUCUACUUCUACGAGAGCAUCAACAAUCAGAACUUCCCUGCUUACGAAUGCGGCUCCAUGAGCGAUUACAACAAGGGAAAAUGCGCCCAGAACAAGAAGGCCAUUCUCGGAGAUAACUGCGAUCCCAACGCUCGCGGUAACUUCUACCUGAAGACCAACAAAAAUUCACCGUUCGGAAUUCCAGCUUAAGAUUUUAACACGAUUUUUGUUCUUUAUAACACACUCUUUCAUAUUGAAAUGACUUAAGAUUAAAGACGCACGAACAUUUAA